AUGGAAUUUUCUCCGAACGAAUUGUGUGUUUGUCUGUACAAAGAUGUUGGAUAUGCAGCGAAAAUCAUGAAACAGAAGGUCAUCCGCGGGAAAAUUCACUAUCUCGUUCAUUUCGUCAACUGGAACAAGAGAUUCGACGAGCUCAUUCCAAAUGACUCGCCUCGAUUGGUCAAGGGAACUCUUGAGGACUAUAACAAACCUCUACCUGCCAGUUCCAGCGAUCAAGAGUUCUCAGAUGAAUCUACAUCGGACACAGAAAACAUGGAAUUCACCAACAUGGAAUACGAUGACGACGUUUUUGAAAAGCGCUCAAAUUCUGAUGCGCCUUCGAAUUUUACUCUGAACGUCUUUAUUCCUAAAGAACUCAAAACAGACGCAAUUCGUUCUUCCUCCUCCAAAUCGCGAGAAAACAUUGACUUCACGUCCGAGAGACUAAUCAACAAAUUCAAAAUCGCAUUAACAAAGGAGCUAAUCAAGGCUAAGGAUAAUGAUGACAAGCCAAAACUUCAUAAGCUCGCUUCGGCGAAGAACUAUAUUGUGAAAAUCAUUCAUUAUCUGUACAGUACAAUGGAAUGGAUAGAUGCGAGCGUAUUAUUCAAUGUUGAGAAUUUGAUCGAAGUUAUUCAACUUGUACCUACGAUUCAGAACUUCCGGCCAUUGCCUAAACAGCUCGCACAGCAUUACGCGGUUGUCGUCACUGAAUUCGUGCAUUUCCUCCAUUCAAAGUUGCGCCGAUUCCGCCGAUUCAACAAUCGUCUUUCCUUUCCGCGAGACCAUACUCACCGCCGUCGUGAACAGGUUCUCGAGCCGCUUGUGACUGUCAGCCCUAUUCUACCAGCUCCCAAACCUCCACGCAAGUUACGCAAGAUUCAAUGUUCUAUUUGUGGGGACAUGCUGCUUGGUGAAGACAAACUGGAAAGUCACAAGCUCCAAAUGCAUUGCAAAAUUCGAUAUGCUGAGAAGUGUGCGGGGUGCCAAGAGCUGCUGAUUAAUAAGAAUACUUUUAUGAAGCACUGCAUCAAACACUCUAGAAAUGAAAGGAUUUAUUGUCCAGUAUGCAGUCAAUUUAUGACAACUGACAGACAAGUUCGUGCACACUGUGCGUUCCAUAUGCCUCCAGUGAGUCCGCCAGAGUCAUCUGAUUCCGCGACGACUUCUGCAUCUGCAUCGUCGGAUGAAACAGAAAAAGAGUUCGUGUGUCAGAUAUGCGGAGAGAAAAUCCCGGAUUUCUUGUUGUUCGUGGAACACUCCGCUCAUCAUAAUCUCAUCGCAAAAGAUUGA